UAGCAAUCAACCUCACCCAACGACUACUAGUACGCCAUCCAGUACAAUACCGUAUCCCAUGCCUAGUAACAACCAAACAUCGCAUCACCCCCAGCACUUCCAUACAUUGCAUCAUGAAGACCUUGAGGCAGGACACCACCAUCCCACGACCAGCCAAGAAGCGUCCAAAGCAGUCCAGGACUACCUGGACCUAGUGCGCGUCGAAAUUGGCGACCAAGACGAGCUCUACCGCCAGUUUAUGGAUGGCCUGCAGUCCUUCUUGGUUGAAGUCCCGGAAAAGUAUCGCCGCAUGCUGGAGAUAUUUCAAGGGCGCCCGUCGCUGGUCGCGGGGUUUAACAUCUUUUUGCCCGACAUGUACCGCAACUACGACCUCACGCCCCCCCGCACGUCGUCCUUUGGCCCGUUUGCAAAGCAACCAGUUGCUACACCCCCACCUGCACCUAAGAGUACUGCUGCACCUACUGCGCGUACUAGCAGCAAGCAGCCGUUGAUAUGGUCCACGUCGUCCCUGGUCCCGCACUGCACGACGACGACGGCCGAAUAUGUGGAAUCACUGCACUCGCCCAAGUCCCGUCCGUCGUUUUCGUUUGGGAAACCGACCACGCAGUCCAGCUCGACGGUGGUCGCCGAAAGCCCCUUCAUGGACGCAGCCCCCCAAGCCCCCACCAAGAGUAGUCACGAGCAAAAAUUGUUUGGCCAGCAGGGCUACACCCCCCCUCAAUUGCCGCCAAAGGGACGCCCCACGCAAGUCGCAGCGGUGCCUCGGGCCAUGCCGGCUAAGUUAGGCGACUUUGGGUCGUUCUCGCUGCCUCUUGCCGCCACUGCGUCGACACCGCCGUCAUCGACUGGGCUGAACUUCUUUUCGUCCAACACUCACAAGACUGGGUUAAGCUUUUCCUCCACCAAACCAUUGCCUGGGUUCGGCAAGCCUGCUGCGGUGACUACUCCGUCUAGCCAUGCGUUCGAGCGGGCAGCUACUACCACCCCCGCUGCGGUGACCCCCCAAGCCGCCCCCCCAUCAUCGGACUGGUUGGUGUCGUUUAACUCGCCGACUCCGGGCAAGACGACGCCAGAGCUCACGUCGCCAUGCUACGAGCUCAACGUCCCUGGCUCAGCGCCGUCGUCUUCGUUUGGAUGUCAUCACCCGACCAAGGUACACAUGCCGUGGACUUUUACUCCUGCAACCACCGCGCCCGCCGCGGUGUCUUCGCUCGCCACCACCGACUCGUUUGUGCGCAUGGUGCACCAGCGCUUCCACGCAAAUCCUGCCAAACUGUCGACGUUUCAAACGCUGUUGAGCCAGCUACAGCGUCACUAUUGCACGCAGUCGCACCUGCUAAUGCAGCUAUGUGCUACGUUUGGCCACCAAGCCAACGACGACUUGCUCGGCCAAGUGGCCACGUUCCUUCAGCUGUCGUGUUCCCAUCACAGCAACAGCCAAUCAAAGCAGACGAGUAAUAGCUGGCCCACUCGAUGCGCGCACGUCAUGGACGGGUCCGACGUCGUGCCACUGAUGGCAUUCAACUCGACAACAACAACGUUGGCCCAGUCCCCCCGCGGGUUGUUCCAUCGCCCGAGCAACGACGCCACCCAGCCGUCUAGUCCCUUUUCCACCCAUGCAAACCAACCGUCGAACACGUCGGAUGAGCGCGUGGUCAAGCUCGGGUUCCAAGCCCAUUUUCAUCGCAUCCGCGUCCGCGCGACGAGCUUUACCCUGGCCGACCUCGAAGCGCUGUUUCAUCACAAGCUUGAAUUAACCCCUGGGUCGUUCACGAUCAAGUACAAGGACAACGACGGCGACUACGUGCAUGUGGACACUGUCGCAGACUUCAACGAGGCCAUGCAUCUAGCGGAAACAACAAAGCGAUUCCGUUUCGAUGCGCUGCCUGUACAACCCACGACCACGACGGAGGCGGCCGUGGCUUCCCCGGAACCAUCGUUGGUGGAGGACACAUGCGUGUCCAACCAAUACGACGAGUCCGUCGUUGGUGACGAAGAGGUUGAUGUCCACGAGGAGCCUGUGGACGACGCGAGCCAAGGGGACUGGCGCCACACCCCUGAACCCGACACUGAUUCGGAACAACCUGCAGCUGUUGUUGUUCCGGACGAAGAACUUGAAGUGUCCACCACUGAAGCAAGUGCCUUGACGGCAGAGCAUGCGUUGAAGUGGGCUGCGCAGCUGGCGGUGGUGCAAGAAGUGAUUCCGACUGCGAGUGGUCAAGAUGUUGUGCGCAAGUUGGAAGCAGCCAAAGGCAAUUUGCAAGUGGUCGUGAACCAGUUGGUGGACAUGUGAGGGCCCUUUCUCGGAACGUAAAGUCAUGUCAGUCUCGAGUAAAGCUACAGUUUGGCUCUGUGUAACCAUCAAAUACAUAGUAGAUUUCUUAACU